GUCAGUUACAUAGGAGCAGAAUCAGUAAUUGGUAUCAUUACUUUGUCUUCCUCAUGCUUUAGCAAUUACAGCUCCAUUCCAUUCCAUUUCACUGUAAUUCACUAACCUCAAAACCCAAUUUUUUCCAAACCCUAAUCUUCAUAUCUCUUGCUUACCAUGGGGUUGACCUUGGUGGUUCUGGCCAAGCUCAAGCUCAUAACCACCUCCCACAGUGUAUGUCCGAUGGUGGCCGGCUUGGCAUGGGCUUUUGUCCUCAAACUGUCGUUCAGUAUCACAAAACUCGGACCUCUUCGUCGAGUCUACGCUGAUGUGCUGAAUGGGUUCAGGCUUUUCUUAUUCCAAAUGGGUCAGAUAUCACUCAAUGCAGCACCAACUUCUAGUAAUAGAACUAGAUGGGAACGAGCUCUUCGGCUAGUCCGCGAGAGGUUAACUCAGGUGACCCGGUCGCCGGCGUUGGAGUCCGAUGAGGAUAGCUUGCACACUCUUUCAAUGAUAGCACUUUAAGCUUCAUAUUUUGUGAGUAAUUUGUGUUCAUAUGGUUCUUUUUCUUUCAAUUUCUUGUGGCUAAGUAAUUGUUUUUUAACUUAAAUUGCAAAAGAAAUACAUUCCUUUUCCUUUUCAAGAUCAUGGUACCGCCACUGCUAGAACCAACACUACCA